UCCAACAUGGAUGAAAAAGUGCGAAAAGCUCGGCAUGCUGCGGCUCAGCGUCUACGCAGACAGCAAGCUUCUCCGGACACCAGGGCGCGAGAAGCUGCUGCAAAGCGUCAAAAACGCCAAGCGGACGCGGAGUUGAGAGCUCGGGAAGCGGCGGCAAAGCGUCAACGCCGACAGCAAGCUACCCCGGAGACGAGAGCUCAGGAGGCUGCGGCAAAGCGUCAACGCAGACAGCAAGCUGCUACCCCAGAGACGAGAGCUCGGGAGGCUGCGGCAAAGCGUCAACGCAGACAGCAAGUUGCUACCCCGGGGACGGGAGGCGCCGAUGCUCGGUUCAAGCACGAUUCCCUCGACCGGAGCUUUGGGCAGAGCUGCAAGGUAUGUGAUCGGUUCGACAACGCGUUGACCAAUACCGGUAACAUACGAAACGAACACUUGCGAGCCAUUGCAGUGCUGCAGCAAGAGUUCUCCGGUGGUGGUGAUCACAGUGAGUGCGUGGUUUGCUCGACGUGCAAAGACUCCUUGGUAGGCGGCAAGGUCCCUGCAAUGAGUGUAACGCACGGUUACCGCUACCCGCCCAAACCAGAGCACCUGCCAGCGUUGAACCGCGUAGAAGAACGAUUAAUCGCUCCGCGGCUCCCGUUCAUGAGCAUCAGGUGUUUAGCGCACGGCAACGGGCAGUACGGAAUCAAAGGUCAAGUGGUCAACGUUCCGAUGCAGGAAACGGUGCAAUGCCUUCCUAGAAACAUACCCGACGACGCAGCCAUCGACGUGCACAUAAAGCGACAGCAGAUGAGCAAGCCCUCGUCCGGGUUGGUCAAGAAAAGAAACCUGCACGCGUGGUUAAAGUACCUGGAAGACUCACCUCUCUAUAAGUACCUAAACAUAAAAGUCGGUUGGAGUCUCCUCGCCCAGUUUGACGACGACGUACCUUGCGACGACGACGACGAGAAAAUCAGUAUCAUCAGCACCACCAGAGCUUCGCCCCAAUCAACAUCAUUCACCAAGUGGAGAUGCGGUCAUUUUUUCAUUGUGGUGAUUAAAGUACUGCAUCGAAGCGAGGGAUGAUCACAAUAAUGUUGCUGUGUACAUGUCAGGUGACUUUUGUGAAACUUUACGCUAUUCUUAGUUCAGGCAGAUAUUCUUAACUACAGUAAAGAGCAUGGACGUAUAAGAGACUCUCAUUAAGUCUCCUUUGUUAUUCAUUGUUAACUUUAGAGUAGGUUUCUCACUCAUCCGUCGUAAGCCGAUCGACCUCUUUC